CGCAGCAGUAACAUCUGAGGAAAAUGUGCCAGAGGAGUUGGCUCUUCAAAUGGCUGGGAAUCGGCAUAGGCACUCUAUUACUUUCUGCCUGGACUCACUCUCAAGACACAGAUGAUUGGCAGUAUGAGGAGUGCAAGCUGUCAAGAGGCCCGCCAGCCACCAUAGUCGCCAUUGACGAAGAGAGCCCCAAUGGAACGUUGCUGGUGGAGAACAUGCAGAUCAACGGGCGAGCGGAAGACCCUGACAGAACCAUCUCUCUCUCACUGCGAGACAACUACGACCACUGGGUCAUUCUGGACUCGGUCAGACAACGACUCUACCUAAACAGCACCGGCAGAGUUCUGGACAGGGAUCCUCCGUCGUAUAUCCAGUCCAUCGUGGUGCAGGUGCAGUGUACAAAUGAGCUGGUCGGCACGGUGAUCCUCCACGAGGUCAGGAUUGUGGUGCGGGACCGGAACGACAACGUCCCUCGCUUCCAGCAGCCGCGCUACUACGUGGCCAUUAACGAGCUGACCCCUGUUGGCACCACCAUCUUCUCCGGGUUCUCUGGAAACAACGGAGCCAUUGACAUCGACGACGGACCCAACGGCCAAAUCGAGUACACCAUUCAGUUCAACCCAAAUGACCCAACGGCUAAUAGGACAUUUGAUAUCCCCCUAACCUUGUCUGGCUCUGUGGUGCUUCGAGAGAGGCUGAAUUAUGAAGAAAUCACACGCUACCUUGUUAUCAUCCAGGCCAAUGACCGAGCUCCAAACCCAAAGGAUAGACGGACAGCCACCACAACCCUGACGGUGGACGUGUUGGACGGUGAUGACCUUGGGCCCAUGUUCCUGCCGUGCAGUCUGGUGGACAACACGCACGACUGCAAGCCCCUGACCUACCAUGCCGGCGUGCUGGAGCUGGCUGACCCCAGCAAAGUCAACCCAGUGAACGUGACUCCGCCCAUUCAGGCAGUGGACCAGGACCGGAACAUCCAGCCUCCCUCCGAGCGGCCCGGCAUCCUCUACUCCAUCCUCAUAGGCAAGCCGGAGUCGUAUGCCGAGUACUUCUCAUUGAACCGAACCACGGCGGAGCUGUAUCUGCUUCAGCCCAUCAGCAGAGACCUCAACCACAAAUUUGACCUGGUCAUCAAGGCUGAGCAGGACAAUGGACACCCGCUACCAGCCUUCGCUAAUUUGCACAUUGAGGUGCUUGAUGAGAACAAUCAGGCGCCCUACUUCCAGGCGCCCGUGUACCACGGCUUUAUCAGCGAAUCAGCACCCGUGGGCACCACCAUCUCCGACAACGCCAAUCUCACAGCCCCGCUCGCCAUCGUCGCCCUGGAUAAUGACAUCGAGGAGACCAGGGACCCCAUGGUGCAGAUCUCGCUGGGCAGCUACGACAGCAUCUUCGCGGUGACCCCGCUGGGGAUCGCCCGCCACCUGACGCUGCUCAAGCCCGUGGACCGUGAAGAGCAGCAGAGCUACGUGUUUGCGAUGAUCGCCUCGGACGGCGUCCAAGAGAGCCCGCCGGUGACCGUCAACAUCACGGUGAUCGAUGCCAACGACAACACGCCCACCUUCCCCAACGUCUCGUACGGCGUCAACGUCUUCACCGACAUGCGGCCGGGAGAUACCGUCCUGCGGCUAACAGCAGUGGACGCGGACGAGGGCCCCAACGGCCUGGUCACCUACCGCAUCCUGGCAGGAGACCAGGGCCAUUUUGUGAUCGAGAAGCACACGGGGGUGAUCAAAGCCAUGCCGGGCAUCAGUCUGGCCGUGGGCCGCACCUACGCCCUCACUGUGGAGGCCAUUGACAACGGCCCCAAGGCCCAGAGGAGGAGCUCCAUCACCACGGUGUACAUUGAGGUGCUGCCGCCCAACAACCAGAGCCCCCCCACCUUCCCCCAGCUGCUCUACAGCCUGGAGGUCAGCGAGGCCAUGAUAACCGGAGGCACACUGCUCAACAUCCAGGCUACGGACCGUGAAAAGGAUCCUAUUACCUACGCCAUCCUGAGGGGCGAUCCUGACGGCACCUUCGGACUCCUGCAAGAAUCCGGACUCCUGCUCCUGGACAAGGCGCUGGACAGGGAGGCGACGGAUCGAUACACGCUGGUUGUCACGGCGUCCGACGGAAAGGCAGACGGGACCUCCACGACGACCGUCAACAUCCUGGUCACCGACGUCAACGACAAUGAUCCCGUCUUCGAUCGCUCCCUCCCCAGAAACCUCUCGGUCCUUGAGGAGGAAGCUAACGCCUUCGUGGGCCAAGUGAAGGCCAGCGAUCCGGACGCGGGGGCCAACGGCGAGGUCCGCUACCGCCUCCUCACCCACAACGGCCUGUUCCGCAUCAACAGCUCGGGGGCCAUCGUCACGGCGGCGCCGCUGGACCGCGAGGUCAGAGGUCACUACCAGCUGCUGGUGGAGGCGUCGGACGGCGCCCAGGACCCGCGCCGCACCACCCUGCUGCUGCCCGUCGCCGUGCUCGACGUGGACGACAACAGCCCCGUGUUCUCGCAGCCGGCGUACGAGGCCACGCUCGCCGAGAACAGCCCCGCCGGCACCGUCCUCCUCCACCUCAGCGCGCAUGAUGCUGACCUCGACUCCAACGUCACGUACCGGAUCAGAACGGAGGAGGCCCGGCAGCUGUUCUCGCUGGACCCGGUGACGGGCCAGCUCUCUGCCCGGCACUCGCUGGACUUCGAGACGCUGGCCCCCGAGGCCGUCACACACACCUUUGUGGUGGAGGCGGUGGACAGCCAGGGCACCAUGCCUCCCGGACUGGCCACGGUCACGGUCAAGAUAAUGGACAUGAACGACUACUCUCCCGUGUUCAGUCAGCCCCUGUACCGAGGGGUGGUGGCUCCCAACGCCGUCAAGGGGACCGUCAUCAUCACGGUGUCGGCUGAGGAUGGGGACCCCCCUGACACGGCGGACAGUAGGAUACACUACCAGGUGGACGGCGAGCAGUUCCACUACAGCACGAGCCUCUUCGGCGUGGAGGAGUAUACGGGCCAGGUGGUCACCAGGGUCAACCUCAACGAGGAGCCCAACGCCAAGUUCAACCUGGUGGUUAUUGCCUAUGACGGAGGGGAGCCGGCGAAGUUCAAUAAGACCCUGGUGGAAAUCACUGUCCUCCAGCCCUCGGUGAUACCAAUCUUCACCCAGGAGGAGUACAGGUUCCCUCCUGUGAGUGAGAACGCCCCCGUCGGGAAGGUUGUUGGGGUCAUUCUGGCUGCAGCCGUCAACCAGACAAUCAUCUACUCUAUUGUCGAGGGCAACGAAGGAGGUGAGUUUGCCCUCCACAACAGCACAGGUGUGAUCACCACGGCGAGGACAUUGGACUUUGAGACCAACAGCAGCUACGUGCUGAGGGUGGAGGCUGACCCCCUGCAAGUCAUCUCAUCAAACCUGCGGGUCCCUGCAAAGACAUAUGGAGAAAGAGCGGUGGACAAGGACACGGGGAACUACAGCGCCAUGCUGUACCGGCUCAUCGUCCCCCCCACGGCGGACGGGAAGGACAGCUUCGUGAUCGAGCCCUACUCCGGGGUCAUCAAGACGGCCAUCAUGUACCGCAACAUGCGCCGCUCCUACUUCAAGUUCCAGGUCGUCGCCGUGGACAACUACGGAGAGGGCCUCAGCAGCAGCGCCGAAGUGGUGGUGUCUGUGGUGAACCAGCUGGACAUGCAGAUCGUGGUGUCCAACGUCCCCCCCACCAUGGUGGAGCAGAACAAAGAUCAGCUCAUGGGGAUUCUGGAGCGCUAUGUUCAAGACCAGAUCCCCGGCGCUAAAGUGGUGGUGGAGUCCAUCGGGCCUCGUCGCUACGGCGACAGCUUUGAGCAAGAGGACUAUUCCAAGUCUGACCUCAUGGUGUACGCCAUCGACCCGCUGACCAAUCGCGCGCUCUCGCGUCAGGAGCUCUACAAGUUCCUGGACGGGAAGCUGCUGGACAUCAACAAGGAGUUCCAGCCGUACCUGGGCCGCGGCGGACGCAUCCUGGAGAUCCGCACGCCGGACGUGGUGGCCAGCGUGAAGAAGUCGGUGCAGACGGUGGGCUACACGGAGGGCGCGCUGCUGGCGCUGGCCAUCAUCAUCAUCCUCUGCUGCAUCCCCGCCAUCCUCAUCGUCAUCGUCACCUACCGGCAGCGACAGGCAGAAUGUGCGAAAACAGCUCGGAUCCAAAUGGCAUUGCCAACGGGCAAAUCUGUGGGUGGCGCCGCCAACAAUCUCUAUGAGGAGCUGGGCGACAGCACCAUGAGAGGCUACGGACAUCAGGAGCAGCAGCAGCUUCUGCGCCCUUCUCUGCUGCGCCCCGAGGAGCUCUCAAUGGAGUCGGGCAUCGACCCUGGGCAGGACUAUUACACCCAGGAUUACUAUAAUUAUGAACACGGGUAUGACCUCCCUCAGUACGGCAGCCGCAGGAAGUUGAUCUCCCCGACGGGGAUGUACGACGAGUACGGAGAGGUCAUCAUGGACGACGACGGCAGCUACUACUACAGCCCACAGGACUCUGAGGGCGAGGAGUACGGGAGGAAGAAGCGCAUCAGGCUGGUGGUGGACCGGGAGUACGAGACCAGCUCCACGGGCGAAGAGAGCGCCCCCGAGACGCAACGCGGGCGACCGACGGGGCCGGCCGGGCCGCCCAACCACGGCUCGGCCCCGAGCACAAGCGUGAACGGCAGCGUGUACCUGGCGCAGAACGGCUCGGUGGUGCGCACGCGGCGCUCGGCGCUGGCCAACAGCUUCAAGCCCGGCGGCGGCGGUUGUGGCGGCAUCGGCUCGCCGUCGCGCCUCGCCAAGCACUUCCGCAAGCUGGAGCGGCUGGCGGUCACGCACGAGGAGAGGCUUCCGCUCAACAGCCCCAACCUGUCGGACUCUGCGACCGAGCACGACGGCACCUCCGGCAACGGCAACCCCGGGGCCAGCUCGGGGUCGAAGGUCAACCUGACUCUCGCCCAGGCGCCCGACCGGACGAGCGAGUCAGGCGAGCAGGAGUCGGCCGUGGACAACGAGGAGCCGCCGCGGGCGCAGCCGCUGAGCGAGUCGCACAGCGACCGGACGCAGUCCGACGAGGAGGAACUGUGGAUGGGGCCUUGGAAUAACCUGCACAUACCAAUGACCAAACUGUGACUCAGCACUUUUUGAUAUAUAUAUAUAUAUAUCAAUUCUAUAUAUAUAUAUAUAUAUAUAUAUAUUAUACCCUCUUACUUCUCGCCAGGGCUUUAAGCACAGCUUGAGAGAAGUGGGGGGGGGCAUACUUUUUAAAUUGUCUAAAAAAUGAAAUAGCUGGAAAUACAUACAACGCAUUUGUGGCAGUGAGGUGGAAAUUUCUGGAUUUUUGCACUUGAAAUGUUUGAUAUUAUUUAAUUUACUUGACCUGCUGCCAUUCAUCAGGAACGUUUGAAGCGUUUCUCACGAACCGAACAAUUGACACACACACACACACAGCUAGGCCUUGACCGGACAUCCAUGUUUGGACGUUUUUUUGCCCAUACCUAUGUAUCUCUUACAACUUGGUGUCUUACAACUUGUGAAAAGUUGCUGAACGAAGCAAAACAAAAAAAAGUAUUGUGACAUCGAUAGCCAACAACAAUAAAGAAAGCACCAGUU